UCUCUGUAACAAAGCAAAGCACAACAUAGAUCUGAUAAAAAAAAGAAGCACAACAUAGAUACCAAAACCACAUCAUUAUCAUCACCACCCUCAAAAUCUCUGCUACCAAACCUACCCGUGAUUAUCGGAGAUAUAUGUCAGCAAUGGACAGAGGAGGAGGAGGAGGAGGAGCAGACGCACAGUAUGUGCGUGCCAAGACAUCAGUUUGGUGGGACAUAGAGAACUGCGCUGUACCGAGAGGCUGUGACCCUCAUGCCAUAGCACAAAACAUAAGCUCAGCUCUUGUCGAGAUGAAUUAUUGUGGUCCUGUCUCUAUUUCCGCUUAUGGUGACACUCAUGGUAUCAAUCCUGCUGCUCAAAUGGCUCUUUCUAGUACUGGGAUUGCUCUCAAUCAUGUCCCUGCAGAUCUCAAGUUUUGUUAUUGAAAGAGGAGAAGUGCAGGUGCUGCAACAUCAGCAGGAUAUGUUCUGGUCUGUAAUGGUUUUUUAAUAUUCUAGUCUUUUUGUGCUGUUUGUGAGUUGAUGUUCAUGAUUUUAUAUGUUCAUGAUGAACAGGUGUUAAAGAUGCAAGUGACAAGAAGAUUCUUGUUGAUAUGUUGUUCUGGGCGGUGGACAAUCCUGCGCCAGCAAAUUACUUGUUGAUUUCUGGUGAUCGAGACUUCUCCAACGCUCUUCAUCAGUUGAGAAUGAGGAGAUACAAUAUUCUCCUAGCACAGCCCCAGACAGCAUCCGCAGCCCUUGUUGCGGCUGCAAAGAGUGUAUGGCUUUGGACGAGUCUCUUGGCUGGAGGACAGCCACUCCCUGAAGUUGAAUUACAACAACUCCGUAGCAAAAACUACACGUCCACUCCAAACACGACACAGAUUCCAUCGUCCGAUACCGCUCAAAUAAAGGAACCAGUAGAUUCCUAUUCUGAGAAACCGUAUGUGGCAAAUCAGAAGUCUCCUUCCACAUCAAGGCAUCCUAGAGGGAGAGCGAACGCAACCCUAAGAAACCCGAGUCAAACAAAUGCAUCAAAAACAACAAACACGCCUUUUUACCCCAGUGCUCCUCCUCCAAUUCCUGCCAGACCCAACGGAACUAGCUCCACCUCUGCACCAUCUACAAGAGUGCCUGCUUUUGAUAGUUUGAACAAUUUUGGACACCCUGCCAGCUCUAGCCCUCAACCACGAAAUCCAGAGCUAAAGCAUGAUUCCAAGAAUAAACCAGACAGUAAAAAAAAUAAGAAAUCAAAAGGUGAAAACUCAAAAGGGUCUGGUGAAGGAAAAGGACCAGAGCUAAUUCAAAACAAGAAGAAUCCAGAGGGUGAAAACUCGAAAGGGUCUGGUGAAGGAAAAGGACCAGAGCUAAAACAUGAUCUCCAGAAGGAACCAGGCAGUUCAAACAAGAAGAAACCAGGGGGUGAAAACUCAAAAGGGUCUUGUGAAGGAAAAGGACCAGAGCUUGAACAUGAUCCCCGGAAGAAACCAGAGGGUGAAAACAAGAAGAAACAAGACGGCAAAAACUCAAAAGGGUCUGGUGCAGGAAAAGGACCAGAGCUAAGUCAAAACAAGAAGAAUCCAGAGGGUGAAAACUCAAAAGGGUCUGGUGAAGGAAAAGGACCACAGCUAAAACAUGAUCUCCAGAAGGAACCAGGCAUUUCAAACAAGAAGAAACCAGGGGGUGAAAACUCAAAAGGGUCUUGUGAAGGAAAAGGACCAGAGCUAGAACAUGAUCCCCAGAAGAAACCAGAGGGUGAAAACAAGAAGAAACAAGACGGCAAAGACUCAAAAGGGUUUUGUGCAGGAAAAGGACCAGAGCUAAGUCUAAACAAGAAGAAUCCAGAGGGUGAAAACUCAAAAGGGUCUGGUGAAGGAAAAGGACCAGAGCUAGAACACGAUCCCCAGAAGAAACCACGCAGUCGAAACAGGAAGAAACCACGCAGUCGAAACAAGAAGAAACCAGAGGGUGAAGACUCAAAAGGGUCUGGUGAAGGAAAAGGACCAGAGCUAAAACAUGAUCCCCAGAAGGAACCAGGCAGUUCAAACAAGAUGAAACCAGGGGGUGAAAACUCAAAAGGGUCUUGUGAAGGAGAAGGACCAGAGCUAAAACAUGAUCCCCAGAAGAAACCAGAGGGCGAAAACAAGAAACAAGAGGGUGAAAACUCAAGAGGGUCGUGUGAAGGAAAAGGACCAGAGCUAAAACAUGAUCCCCAUAAGAAACCAGAGGGUGAAAACAAGAAGAAACAAGAGGGUGAAAACUCAGGAGGGUCCUGUGAAGGAAAAGGACCAGAGCUAAAACAUGAUCCCGAUAAGAAACCAGAGGGUGAAAACAAGAAGGUGGCUAGAGCAAGAAAAGGAGUUUCAUUGAAAAAAUCAGUAGUUACAAGAUCAAAAAGACGUGUUAGCCUAACAAAACUGGACAAGGGAAAGAAAAACCCACUUUGCUGCGAAAGUAGAAGGGGAAUGACAGCAAGCUGAAGCUCUUGAUGCUUGCUAUAUAUAGUAUGGCAGGAGCACCAUCCAUGCCACAGGGCUAUUUGUGUGCAAUGGAUACCCGUGUGCGAGUUUGGUACCAGUUUCUUUUGUCUAGGGGUUUGGGGAGACAGAAGAAGGUAGGGGGGUAUUUACGGUUUUAUACUCGUGUUUUAAUAGCCAAAAAGAAGGUGCCGAAUUUUCUUUUUUAUUUUAUUUUAUGCUUGCCAUGUAAAAAUACAAGUUUCGGUAUCUAUCAUUUUUAUUUUCUAGCAGUUCCUGGCUAUUGUGGCGGCCGCUGCUGCGAGUUCAUUCUGAAUUUUUAUCCUCUUUUUUUCCAUAAUUAAAUUAAAUAUUAAUAAGAGUUUGAAGGGUUUAAAUUUUAGAGAAGAAA